AUGCCGCGUUGGCCUCUGGCCUCUUUCCGGCCAUGGGGGCUGAGGCCCUCACGGGGCCUCCCCAGGACCCAUCCCCUUUCUACCCAGUCAGAGCCCUCUGGGCCCCGCACCUCCCGGAGGAACCGCGAGGCCAGGCAGCAGCGCCUGCGAGAGAAGCAGGCGGCGCUGGAGGCUGGGCUAGCCGGGGAGAGCCAGCCCCCCGCAGAAUCCAGUAAGGCCUGGACUCCCAAAGAGGUCGUGCUGUAUGAGGUCCCCACGGAACCCGGUGAGAAGAAAGACAUCUCCCAGCCGCUGCCUGCUGCUUACAGCCCCCGCUACGUGGAGGCGGCCUGGUACCCUUGGUGGGUGCGAGAGGGCUUCUUCAAGCCCGAGUAUCAGACCAGGCUGCCCCAGAGCACCGGGGAGACCUUCUCCAUGUGCCUGCCCCCCCCCAAUGUCACCGGGUCCCUGCAUGUGGGGCACGCGCUGACCGUGGCCAUCCAGGACGCUCUUGUGCGCUGGCACCGGAUGCGUGGGGAUUGCGUGCUGUGGGUCCCUGGCUCAGAUCAUGCAGGGAUUGCUACCCAGGCUGUGGUGGAGAAGCAGCUGUGGAAGGAGCGGGGGGUGAGCAGACACGAGCUGGGCCGGGAAGGCUUCCUCCGCGAGGUGUGGAAGUGGAAGGAGGAGAAAGGGGGCGAGAUCUGCAGGCAGCUCCGAGCUCUGGGGGCCUCCCUGGACUGGGACCGGGAGUGCUUCACUAUGGACGCAGGCUCCUCGGUGGCUGUGACGGAAGCGUUUGUGCGACUCCACAAGGCAGGGCUGUUGUACCGCAGCCGGCAGCUGGUCAACUGGUCGUGCGCUCUGAGGUCGGCCAUCUCGGAUGUUGAGGUGGAGCACCGGUCCCUGCCUGGCCCCACUGAGCUCCGGCUGCCCGGCUGCCCCACCCCUGUGACUUUCGGCCUCCUCAUCUCCGUGGCCUUCCCCGUGGAUGGAGAGCCUGACGCAGAGGUCGUGGUAGGGACCACGAGACCAGAGACAUUGCCUGGAGACGUGGCAGUGGCUGUUCAUCCCGAUGACACCCGAUACACACACCUGCACGGGCGGCACCUCUGUCACCCCCUGACAGGGCAGCUCCUGCCCCUGGUCACAGACUCUGCUGUCCAGCCGCACGUGGGCACGGGGGCAGUGAAGGUGACUCCAGCGCACAGCCCUGCGGACGCCGAGCUGGGGGCCCGCCACGGCCUGCGCCCCCUGAGCGUCAUUGCGGAGGACGGGACCAUGGCCCCCGCCUGUGGGGACUGGCUGCAGGGUCUGCACCGCUUCGUGGCCCGGGAGAAGAUCCUGUCCGCGCUGAGGGAGCGGGGCCUGCUCCGGGGCCUCCAGAGCCACCCCAUGGUGCUGCCCCUUUGCAGCCGCUCCGGGGACGUGGUGGAGUACCUGCUGAAGAGCCAGUGGUUCGUCCGCUGCCGGGAGAUGGCGGAGCGCGCGGCGCAGGCUGUGGCGUCUGGGGCCCUGGAGCUGAGCCCCUCCUUCCACGAGAAGACCUGGCGGCUCUGGUUCUCCCGCACUGAGGACUGGUGCGUCUCCCGGCAGCUGUGGUGGGGCCAUCGGAUUCCAGCCUACCUGCUCGUGGGGGAGCCCGGGACGAUGGGCCACGGGGAGGACUGCUGGGUGGUCGGGCGGACGGAGGCUGAGGCCAGGGAGGCGGCCGCAGAGCUGACAGGGAGGCCAGGCGCCGAGCUGAUCCUGGAGCGCGACCCCGAUGUCCUGGACACGUGGUUCUCGUCAGCUCUUUUCCCCUUCUCUUCCCUGGGCUGGCCCCAGCAGACGCCAGACCUCACUCGCUUCUACCCCCUGUCGCUUCUGGAGACGGGCAGUGACCUCCUGCUGUUCUGGGUGGGCCGCAUGGUCAUGUUGGGGACCCAGCUCACGGGGCAGCUCCCCUUCAGCAAGGUGCUUCUGCACGCCAUGGUCCGGGACAGGCAGGGCCGGAAGAUGAGCAAGUCCCUGGGGAACGUGCUGGACCCACGGGACCUCAUCCGAGGGGCAGAGCUGCAGGUGCUGCAGGAGAAGCUGAGGGAUGGGAAUUUGGACCCCAAAGAGCUGGCGAUCGCGGCUGCCGCGCAGAGAAAGGACUUCCCUCACGGGAUCCCCGAGUGUGGGACAGAUGCCCUGCGCUUCGCUCUGUGCUCCCAUGGGGCCCUGGCGGGGGACCUGCACCUGUCUGUCUCUGAGGUCCUGAGCUCCCGCCAUUUCUGCAACAAAGUCUGGAACGCCCUGCGCUUUAUCUUCAGCGUCCUAGGGGAGAACUUCACGCCGCAGCCCGCGGAGGAGCUGAGCCCCGCGUCCCCCAUGGACGCCUGGAUCCUGAGCCGCCUGGCCCGCACCGCCCGGGAGUGCGAGCGCGGCUUCCUCGCCCGGGAGCUGCCGCUCGCCACCCACGCCCUGCACCGCUUCUGGCUCCACAGCCUCUGUGACGUCUACCUGGAGGCCGUAAAGCCCGGGCUCUCGCACAGCCCCCGCCCGCCCGGGCCGCCCCAGGUGCUGCUCUGCUGUGCGGACGUCGGUCUCCGCCUGCUGGCCCCGUUCAUGCCCUUCCUGGCGGAGGAGCUCUGGCAGAGGCUGCCCCCCGGGCCGGGCGGCCCCCGCGCCCCCAGCAUCUCUGUUGCCCCCUAUCCCAGUGCCCAGAGCCUGGAGCGCUGGCAUCGCCCCGAGCUGGAGCGGCGCUUUUCCCGGGUCCAGGAGGCCGUGCAGGCGCUGAGGGCUCUUCGGGCCACGUACCAGCUCACCAAGGCCCGGCCCCGAGUCCUGCUGCAGAGCUCGGAGCCCGGAGAGCGGGAUGUCUUCGAGGCCUUCCUGGAGCCGCUGGGCACCCUGGGCCGCUGCGGGGCUGUGGGUCUCUUGCCCACGGGUGCCCCCGCCCCCUCCGGCUGGGCCCAGGCCCCGCUCAGCGAGGGCGCCCAGGUCCACAUGGAGCUGCAGGGCCUGGUGGACCCGCAGGCCCACCUGCCUCUGCUGGCCGCCCGGAGGCACAAGUUGCAGAAGCAGCUGGACGGCCUGGUGGCCCGGACCCCGUCAGAGGGAGAGGCUGAGGCGCGGCGGCAGCAGAGGCUCUCUGCCCUCCACCUGGAACUGUCCAAACUGGACCAGGCGGCCUCUCACCUCCGGCAGCUGAUGGCUGUGUCUCCCAGCCCCAGGGACCCGUGA